AUGCCCGAGGGAACGACCCCGGCUCGAGGCGCCGGUAGGGUUCGUGGCCGAGGAACAAGAGGCAGAGGCGUGGGAAGAGGAGCCGCUGUCAGUGUCACACCAAGCGCGGAGACUCCUGCGCCAACAUCUAGGCCUUCCUCGGUACUGGACACUGCUCCGGCAACUGCAGGAGCUUCCAGAGAUUCCGCAACUCCAAGGCCAGCACCAACGCGGGGCCCCUCAGUCGGCAGGUUUCGGCCCAAGGUUGUGCGCAGAGAUGAGGCCUCAAGAGACGCCAUUGCUAGACAAGAAUUGGAAAAAGACAAUGCGAGGGCAAAGGCCGAGGCUCGAGCGCAGGCGCGCUCUCGAGGUCGCAGUCGACGAGCUCGUGGAGAUGCCAUGGGUAGGGGCGGGUUCAUGUCGCGAACUGCUGUUGCUAGCGGUCCCUUUUCACAGAUGAACAUUGAGGGAGGCGGAAGGUCCGGUGGGGGCUGGGGAGGUGGCGGCGGCAGCGGCGGCGGCGGUGGUUUCUUCGGCGGUGGCGGAGGAGGCAGAACCAAGAGAGAAGGUGGCGGUUUUGGAGAGGCAUCCGGCCAUCGCGAGGCCCGGAUCAACGCCGACAGGCUCGCAGGAUACGCGGUUGACCGCGAACCAGACUCCGACGACGAAGCGACGGCAGCCCUCAUUAGCUCGAAGCCCGAUAAUAUCUGGCCCAUGGGCAUUGCACGAAUCGACAAGAAGGAGGAGAAGAAGGUCAUUGCGACUUCGGCAGAACUCGAGGCGGAAGAACAAGGAAAGGCAGAAGAAAGUCUAUGGGUUGACGAAAAUGAGGCUUGGCCCGGUGCCAUUCCCCGUGUGGAGGAAGAGACCAAGGUCUGGCAUGCAGCACCCAAGGGCAUGGUUCAAGUCAAGGCGGAACCCGGAGCUGAACCGGUCGCCAUGGACAUCGCGCCGGUCGAUUUCAACGCCCGAGUGAAAUCUUCGACGCCCGACGCCGAGGAGAAGUUCACUCCUGAGCCGAAGACCAAGAAGACAGCGACCGACCCCGAGGUGGAAAUGAUCACACACGAUAUGCAACUUCUGCUGGGCGAAUUGGGCACUGUUUCCGACGAGAACUCCAAGGCCCCCGAGAGCGAGGCUAUACAGGAUAAGGACGGCCGACUAUACCUCUUCCAGUUCCCGCCGCUGCUCCCACCCUUGCAUCCUACGACUGCGCCCAAGGUCAAGCCGGAGCCGGAUGAUGUCGUCAUGAUGGACCCGCCUGGCGAAGCGGUCGACCUCACCAAUUCGGAAGAGAACAUAAGGGCCAAGGCCGAGGAGGACAUUGACCUGACCGACAUCAAUCAGCUGGUUUCCCAGUCCGGCCUGAUGGGCAAGCUCAAGGUCCGCAAGUCCGGCAAGGUCGAGUUGGACUGGGGUGGGCGAACCCUAGAGCUCAGCCCGGCGGCAGGCAUGAACUUCUUGACCACGGCAGUAAUCGUGGAGGAGUCGGACGAGAAGACGAAGCCGGGUGUUGUUGGCGGCGACAGCAUCGGUAUGGGCAAGAUCAUGGGCAGAUUUGUCCUCGCACCUACCUGGGGCGAUGAGGAAGAAUGGGAAGUUGACCCGGAUGAUCUUGCUAUCCCCAACGAGUAA